UUAACACGGGUUGUAAAUCCCCAAAUCUUUUCUCUCUUAAACUGUUCAAAGGACUUGCUCAUUCUUCUUCAUCUGCCUGUUCGUCAUCUGCCUCACAUUUUUGUUCUUCUUCCAGUUCAGCUUCCUUUUCUGGGUAUAGAACUGGAUAGUAGAAGAUCAGUGACUGGUUAUGUGUUCACUCUUUAAAGUUCUGAUGUAAGUUGGAGGCUAUUUUGCUGGAUAGUGACAUUAUCAACUAUUGAAGCAGAGUACAUGGCUUUAAUCGAAGCUGCAAAAGUGGGAAUUUGGUUGAAGGGUCUGGCUACCGAACUUGGUCUACAUAAUGAUCAUGAUGCCAUUUGUUGGUGAUAAUUUGGGUGCAAUAUGUAUUGCCAAAGAUCAAAUACAUCAUGGCAAAAGUAAGCACAUUGAUGUACGAUAACAUUUCAUUAGAAGUUAGAACUAAGAAGAGAAUUAAGGUGAAGAAGAUUGACACUGCUGAUAAUCCUGUAGAUAUGUUACCCAAGCUUGUACCUUAGAGAAAAUUUCAACAUUUUAUGGACUUGCUAAAUAUCACAAGUAUUUGAGAGCCCUUUGAGGCAUUAUGGGCUCAUAAGAGCAAUCUGGGUCUUUGGAGAAAAUUUUGGUGGCAGGGACAAGGGAGAGUCUGGCAUUAUUUGUGCUGCUGGUUCAAUAUAUGUUUUGUUGAGAAGUUUUAACUCAAAGUGGAGAUUUGUGAUAAUAUGAGCUGAAUCUUGUUACUCUCGCUUUACAGUUGUCUCGAGAAGUUAGGAGAGAUGGUUUUCGGUUUUGUUUGAUUGUUUCUAUAUUUGGGCUGAGGAUGAGUCUAAACCUAAUUAGUUUAGGUUUAGUCAUAUCUGAAAAUUCUAUUAUUUCUAGGGAUCAAGCAAAAUCAAAGAUUUGAGCCUUUUUCAAUGACUACAACAUCUGGAAGUUUAGCCUCUUCUUCAGUUGCGUUUGGAGAACGUGGGCCUGAUCAUCUUCUUGUGCUUGUUCAUGGCAUCUUAGCUAGCCCAAGUGACUGGACAUAUUUUGAAGUGGAACUGAAAAAGCGUUUGGGAAGAAACUUCUUGAUUUAUGCUAGUUCAUCAAAUACUUUCACCAAAACAUUCCGUGGCAUUGAUGGAGCUGGAAAGCGUUUGGCUGAUGAGGUCCAACAAAUUGUAAAUAAGACCGAGAGUCUUAAGAAAAUUUCCUUUUUAGCUCAUUCUCUUGGUGGAUUGUUUGCUCGUUAUGCUGUUGGUAUGCUUUUCACACCAAGCAACUUAGAUGAUGGAAAUCUGGAUGAUACUUCAGCAACAGGUCUCUCAACAAAGCAUGGUCUCAUCGCUGGACUGCAACCUAUAAACUUCAUUACACUAGCAAGUCCACAUCUUGGGGUUAGAGGGAGGAAACAGCUGCCAUUCCUAUUUGGGCUUCCUUUCUUGGAGAAACUUGCCCUACCCUUAGCACCUGUUUUUGCUGGUCGAACUGGCAGUCAACUCUUCCUUACUGAUGGUAAACCUAAUAGAGCCCCACUUCUUCUAAAGAUGGCAACAGAUUGUGAAGAUGGUAAAUUUAUAUCUGCACUUGCUGCAUUUAAAUGUCGAAUCAUAUAUGCGAAUGUUUCUUUUGACCAUAUGGUUGGCUGGCGAACAUCUUCGAUAAGGAGAGAAGAUGAACUUCCCAGGCCUCCUCAACGAUCUUUGGACGGUUACAAGCAUGUUGUAGAUGUUGAGUAUUGUCCUCCAGUUUCAUCGGAGAAGCCAAAUUUUGCUCCCGAAGUGGCCAAAGCAAAGGAGGCUGCACAGACUGAACCUAGCGACCACAAUACAGUUGAAUACCAUGAACUAGUGGAAGAGGAGAUGAUACGUGGCUUACAGCGAUUAGGAUGGAAAAAAGUUGAUGUUAGCUUUCAUUCUGCAUUAUGGCCCUUCUUUGCGCAUAACAAUAUACAUGUGAAAAAUGAGUGGUUUCACAAUGCGGGUUCUGGGGUUGUAAAGCAUGUUGCAGACAGCCUGAAGCAGCAAGAAUCUUCAUACCUCACUGCCAGCUUAUAGAAAUGAGAAUGGAGAUUUGAAUUACCUUGAGGGGAAGAACUGUGAGUUUUCAUUCCUUUCUUUAUGCCUUGAAAGUGGUUAAAGUUUAUGUGCAGGCCACAACGUUGGUAUAAGUGUCGUAUAUAAUACAAUCGACACUGGAACUUUCAUACCGAACAUGUGAAUAUAUAUUAUAUACAUAUACUACGACAAACAGUUGCCUGAUUCUCUCUUU